AUGACGAGUAAACACCUGUUGCUGCGUAUGUUGGCGUGUUAUGCCGUCCUAGACCUGCACGUACCCGCGUCAUCAGCCAUUACCAUAGAGGACAACGGGUAUACCAACGUUGUCGUGGCUAUACAACCCGACGUUUCCCAAAGUGACGAAUUGAUCGAUAAAAUUCAAGAGAUGUUCAAGGAAGCAUCGAUCCAUCUCAACCGGGCCACAAACCGCCGUCUGUUCUUCCGCAACGUCACCAUUCUGGUUCCGCAGACGUGGCCUGCGAACAACUCCGGCUACCUAUCCCACUCUGAGGCCACGCUGGAGGACCCUGACGUCAUCGUGACGUCAUCCGACGGACCACACCCCUCGACUCCUCCUUACACCCGGCGAGACCGAGGUUGCGGCCAGGAAGGGUUGAGCAUUAACUUCGUGGACGCCUUUCUGUUGGAUCCGAACACAACUAACACAUAUGCUUCCCUCGGUCAUGUGUUGUUGUACGAGUGGGGCCACUAUCGCUGGGGCUUGUUUGACGAAUUCUCGGACGAUGAAGACAACCAAUUUCACCACUCGAGUGUCACAAACCAGUUUGAAGGAGUCAGGUGCUCAUACGACAUAACUGGUACGCCAAUGGUGGUAGAAUCCGAUGGGAUCGACUACCGGCCGUGCUAUGGGAAUACUGAAGAUGGUUACGAGUUUGGGUGUAUGUUCAUCCCUACCGAGACGCAGGAGAAUGCCACGGGGUCGGUCAUGUACGGGCGGGGCAGAUAUAACAACAUCGUGGACUUCUGUGACUCUGAUCCGGGGAAUCCUACGAACUUCCACAAUCGCGAGGCACCCAGCCGACAUAACCGACUAUGUGACCAGCGAAGCAACUGGGCUGUGAUGAGAGAACACAGCGACCUUAAAGAUGGUAACAACCUGCCACGAGAGCUUUUGGCUGAUGAUCUUGAGCCCGCAUUUCAAAUCGUCCGACGUGGGCCGAGGAGGGUUAUGCUGGUCUUAGAAAGAUCUUCGUAUAUAGCGGGCGAGACACACCAGCGAAUGAUAAACGCCGCUGCAGCCUUCAUCUGGACAGUACCAUCGGGCGUGUGGCUGGGUCUGACAUGGUACAACGGCCAAGCAACGCCUAUCAAUAAGAUUGUCAUGGUACAAGUGCAGAGUGACAAUGACCGCCAAACUCUUUUAAAUGCUCUACCAACAUCAACAACUGGUCAAACGUCUAUAGGUACCGGCCUAUCUAGAGCAAUUGAGUUUUUACAGUUGGGCGACAGUGCCACGGCUAAUGACCGCAUCCUUCUAGUCAAUGGAUUCAAGGAGAACCAAUUUUUAUAUAUCGAACAUAUCAAGGAAAUGAUGAUAAAGUCCAAAAUUAUCGUGGAUACAGUGGCAGUGACGUCGAGCGCGGACCCGCAACUCGCAGAGGUGUCUCAACUAACAGGCGGGCGAUUUUAUUAUGCCCCAAAUGACUCAGGAUCAGGAAACUCACUGAACGAAGCGUUAACGAGAUCCGUGGAUAACAGUGACGUCAGCAACUCCGACAAACAGCUCCAAAUUUGGAGCGCGUCUGUCACUGUUCCGGUGGGAGAGUCGCGAAGCGCUGUCACUUACAUCGACGCCACCAUCAGAAAGAAAACAAAGUUCACCAUCACCUGGGUACAAACAGACACACCGAAUAUUACGCUAAGUGACCCGGAUGGAGCUUUAUUGACAUCCUCGUACCCAGGCUACAUGAUCAAUACUACUUACGGAUUCGUUGUUUAUAGCGUGACAGGAAAAGCUAAGGAAGGUCCGUGGACGAUAGACAUUCAAAACACCGAUCCAUCUCUACCAACCAGCGUCCAGGUUUCGCUGACGUCAUACCCCAGAGAUGAUGACGUGCCGCCCAUUUCCGUGUCGUCAUCAAUCAGCGAGCUCACUAAGAACAUAUCAGAGACCGAGGUGCCGUUAGCAAUCUUCGCCGAAGUGCGUCAGGGGUACAGCCAGGUGGUGGUCAAUGCUACUGUCAUGGCCUCGGUGUCGAUACCAGGCCAGAUGGAUCCUGUCGAGAUUCAAUUAGUCGAUACCGGAACAGGGGCUGAUAUAAUCAGCAACGAUGGUAUUUACUCCGGCUAUUUCACGAAGUAUACUGUGGACGGUUUAUACAGCGUGGAGGUUCGCGUCGAGAAUAGUGGACAUGCAACAGUCGCCGGAUUUCCAUUCUCUUUUGGAGUUGCUGGCAGGAAUUUGAAUUCACAAGCGCCGAUCUUUCAGCGCGUAGUCUCUGCGGGCUCCAGCAGGGUCUUUGACGUGCCCGGCACGGACGUGUUUCCCCCCGCCAAAGUGACGGAUUUACGGGUGGUCGAUUCGUCAUUUCCAGAUAGGACGGUCAUUCUUGCCUGGACCGCCACUGGGGACGACUUCGAUAACGGAGAAGCUGCGUCGUACGAAGUGACAAGAGGAGUUGACGUGGACUCGAUUCUGACGGGAUCUGACGCCGUCACCGUUCGACAGUCAGACAUUCUCAGCGGAAACCUAACCGAUCCUCAAUCGUCCGGAGCGACUGAGGAAUUUACCGUCAUCGUGCCCGUUGUCGGCGACGUGUCGCCCUUAGCCUUUGCCGUGGUGGUUCGGGACGAGGCCGGUCUGGCAUCUCCGCGGUCCAACAUCGCGCUGGUCGCCGUGCGCAGAUUCAUCCCAGGACCUACCACACUCGCUCCACCGACAACCACACCGACUGGAAUCGAUUCCACGGCAUCUACAAAUGGGACGACUCAAUCAUACGAUACCACGGUUCUAGAAUCGACACCGAGCUCGAUGUCGAUAUCGAGCGUUAGGUCGACACAAAGCAUGGUAUCUUUACCAAGUGGGGUAACGACACCGAGCAAGGCAUCGACGCUGAGCUUGAUGUCGACACUUAGCGGGGUGUCAACUCCGAACGGGGUAUCCACACCAAGCAUGAUAUCGGCACCGAGCGGGAUGUCAACACCAGCCGGGGCAUCGACAUCGGGCGCGAUAUCGACACUGCAGAGCAGGUUACCGUCACCAGUAACCGGUACAGAGGAACCGAUUCUCAGCCGUGAUGCAAUCAUCAUCGCCAGUGUCCUAGGCAGCAUCGGGCUGGUGACGGCUGUUGCAAUCGGAUUGGUGUCCCUAAGUAAAUUGUACUCGUCACACAAAGUGACACCAUCCCGGCCUGGAUCCGAACGAUCGACCGACGGACUCUGGGAUCCAGAGAAACAAGAAGAAGAUUCACUUCACAUGACAGAUUUGGAUGAUCAGGGUAUAGAAUCCGAAGUGUAAUCCUUUUUUUUAGUUGCUUAGAGACAAGUAUCGCUCCUUACACGACAUUAAAAAUCGCGACCAGCUCUGCAAUUUUAUUUUAAGCGAUAAAUAUUAAUGUGAAUACUAUAAUCUUGUUCUGAUUAAUAAUUUUAACUUCUGGAUAAAAUAUCGUAUCAUUUUUGGCCAAAAUGCAUUUUUUUCAAAGCGAGGCGAAUGGUAUUUUUUACCAAAUCAAUCCCAAUAAUUAGCGUAAAUGCAAACCAUUUCCAGAUUACGUGUUUAUGCAAUUUAGAAAGGCAUAUAUUUUUUGCACAUGUUUUAAAGGAAGAUUUAAUAGCCGAACAAACGCCAUAAGAUUGAAAUAUGUAUGUAAAUAGAAUUUAUGUAUAUUUAUUAUUGAAAUUCAGUGUACACGAAGAUUUAUUUUCACGAAAGAUUUAUUUGUAAAUAUGACCAGAUGGAAUUAUUUUUGCCAAAAUCUACACAAUAAUGGAUUUACGUGUGUUUACAUUACUGUGGAGAGUCAUCUGUUAACUAACAUAAGAUGUUCAUUGCUGCCCUGCAGCUAAAUUAAAAUAAAAAAUAUAUGUUCUUUAUACAUAUAAAUCUUUCCAAGAUCACGAAAGAAUUUGCGGUAGCAAUUAAAAUUGAUCAGAAAAUAAUGGCAUAAUUUAAAAAGAAGAAGUUAUAACUUACAAUCAUUUAGCACCAUAUUACUUAAUCAUUUUUAGUGAUUGCUUCUAUUUUAUGUACAUUUUGCUAUCCGGGAAAUAACAUGAUUAAUUUUAUUGAAAUUGAUGUUUCUGUCAGACAAGUUGUAAAAAUAAAAUUCCUGGAGUAGUGCCGGCAUUUUGGUACAUUUACAUAA